GCAUGACGUGUGGUGAUUGGUGCAUGCCCGACACACAGUACUACGAUCAGCAGACGAGAUUGAGGGACGAUCGCUGGUUUUUUUGCGAGAGUACGCGAUUGAUAACGACUUCAUCAUCAAUUGGCUCAGAUACGUUUAUUGAAUAACCUGUUGUGAAGAGAAAAGUUGUCCAAGGAUAUUCCACAGAACUUCCGUCCGGUGGACGAUGGGCAUGAAGUCAAUGGUGGCGCUGUGGACUGGGGUACUGGUCGCACUGUGGGUUCAAAGUCAAGCAUGUUUAGUUCAAGACUGUCCGGAAGGAGGAAAGAGGUCCAGUUAUAACACAAUCAGACAGUGCCUAUCCUGCGGCCCUGGUGGUUUGGGACAAUGUGUAGGUUCAGCUAUAUGCUGCGGCAAUACUUUCGGCUGUUUUCUCGGGACAAAAGAAACCUUCGUGUGCAGAGAAGAAAGUCAGCUCUCCACACCUUGUGAGGUUGUUGGAGAGACAUGUGAAUCUAUUACUGACGGGAAAUGUGUUUCAAACGGCUUCUGUUGCAAUGAGAGAAGCUGCUCUUUAGACGUAGCGUGCAGAGAAACCGAUACAGAACAGAGAGACCUCAAAAACAGACUCAAAGAGAGGCUUCUGGACGCCCUCUUGCGUCAACCAUGAACCCAGUUACCACUCCCUCAACUUUGUUGAUAAUUUUCACCCACAAUGCAAUGUGAUAUGGUCACUUGUGACACCUUCACGGACACAAUGUUGCGGUCCUUUAUGUUGUGACAAUCUUGGUGAAUUUCUGAAUAUGCUCACGUAUAGACACAGGACACCAUACUUUUAUAGGGGCACCAGACCAUUAUUAUAGCCAGGCUCGGUUUGGUCACAAAACAAACCCCUAUUUUUGUGGAUGAUAAUAAUCUUUGGGACACGUAACUAACUGUAUCACGCUGCAUUGUAGGUUAAGAGAAGCUUUGAAGAUAUCCUCAUUAAUUUUGGUAUUUUAUUCAGAUUGCUUUCUUAGAAAUGUUAAUUAAACCGUUUGGUAUUCUUUGAAAUUAAUCGUAAAUUUAAAAACUAUUUAAAUACACAGCGGUACCGACAUUGGGACUAAAGAGCAAUUUAGUUUGUGUACAUCUUUCUGAUGCAAGUAAACGGAACUUCAAAUGGGGAAAGAUCAGAUAAACAAACAGGGGACGGAUGCAGUUACUUUUAAUGAGACAAAUAAAAUGUGCUCUUACCAAAAAAUAAAUUACAAUUUUCAGUUUCUUUAAAAAAAACAUGGUGUUGUUAAUGUCUUAAUGCUUUCUAGCACUUACAAAUAAUAUUACACAAUUUUUGGGUGGGCUAAACUUUGAGCUUUUGACAAGAUUCUUUCUUGCAUUGCGUCAUAUUUUAUUAUCUUUCGAAAUGUCAGGAUCACAGUUGCAAUUAUAGCCAUAUCGAUGUUCAUCUUGAGCGAAAUAAACAGCAAAAACAAUAUUUAUUUUCUGAAUAUAUAGUUGACAGUCGUUCACUUUUAAUAUAUAUAUAUUUAGAUUCAAAUUCUCAGCAAUUUUAGCCAAUAUUAUAGUACAAUAAUGUGACUGCUACGACAGACUUUAAAAAUAAAAAAAAUGUAAAUAAAAAUGUUAUUUUAGAUUUAGUUAAAUUAACUUUUGAAAAUCAGCUGCAAAACUGCACGCAAAUGGCCCCAAAACAAACAAUAAAUCAAAUAUAUGUUAACAAGAGCACACUCUUGUGGAAUUUUAGAGGGGACAAACCGGCUGUAUGAGACAGGUGAACUUUCUAUAAGAAGUCCACACUUUAAAAUUUAUAAUUUAAUCUUUAGAGUACCCAGUAAAACAACACAUUUUCUGUCGCUUUUUAUUGUUUAACGUCCCAUAGAAAUAAUUGCACAUGUAGAUUUAACUUAGCAGACUUUGACUAUACGAUACUUUUCGACUUUACUGCGCAACUCGUACAUUUCCUGCGUAUAAUAGAUACAAUUUUGACCUAUUUUAAAAGUUCAAUGUGAAUUUCUUGUUGUUUCCCAAAAAUAUGCAGUCAUUCUGUGUAUCAUAAUAUUGAUGUGAAGUGGUUUCAUUUUAGUUGAAUUAAAACCCCACUGAACGAAAAUUAUUUCGUUACGAAUUGUA